AUGCUGCUCCCCCGUGGGUUGCCAUCGCUCUUGUUCCUCGUCUCUUGCGAGUCCGUCACGGCUCUGUGGCCUGCACCGCAGAGCUACUCCAAGGGAAACACGUCGCUUUUUCUGAACCCGAACAUCGAGGUUACGUACAAUGGAGGACCUGUAUGCUGGCAAUCCUACCCCUCUGCCUCUUCCCAUCCCCGGUAUGGCGACGCCUGUGGUGACGAGGGCGAGCUUGGUGCUAAAGAAGCCAUAAAAAUCCAGGUGCCGUACACGUAUGGCUACGUGCCCACCAGCAUAGACAGCAAGCAGAUUGUCCAGGGCGGCGUCUCCCGAGCGCUGGAUGCUGUUUUUCAGAAUGGUAUCGUACCCUGGAAGCUACGGCCCAAGAACCGCUUGAAUGAGUUCGAGCCUCCACUUGAAGGCGUCAGGGAGACUGUCAAGAGCCUGGCCAUCACCCAAACUGCGCCUGACCAGAAAAGCGCGUUCAAACCGCUCGCGGGCGAGGUCGAUGAGUCGUACAACUUGACGGUGAGCAAGUGCGGCGCCGCCAAGCUGACGGCCGUGUCUUCUGUCGGCGUGCUCCGUGGGCUCGAGACCUUUUCGCAGCUCUUCUACCGGCACUCUUCCAUGUCGGCCUGGUACACGCCAUACGCCCCCAUCUCGAUCCAGGAUGCGCCCAAGUUCCAGCACCGAGGCAUCCUCCUCGACACGGCACGGCAAUGGUACCCGGUGGAAAACAUCCUGCGGACCAUUGACGCCAUGUCGUGGAACAAGAUGAACCGGCUGCACAUCCACGUGACCGACUCGCAGUCUUGGCCGCUAGACCUGCCGUCCAUGCCCGAGGUUGCGCGCGAGGGCGCCCACCGGAGCGAUCUUAUCUACACGGCCGAGGAUGUUCGGCGCAUCAACGAGUACGGCGUUCAGCGCGGCGUCGAGGUGAUCCUCGAGAUCGACAUGCCGAGCCACAUCGGGUCGCUGUCGCACUCGCACCCGGAGCUAGUCGUGGCGUACGCCGAGUGGCCCUACUACUACUGGUGCGCUCAGCCGCCCUGCGGCGCGCUCAAGCUGAACGACUCGCGCGUCGACGAGUUCCUGGGCAAGAUGUUUGACGACAUCCUCCCGCGCGUCGAACCCUAUACGGCCUACUUCCACACGGGCGGCGACGAGCUCAACGCCAACGACUCAAUGCUGGAUGAGAACAUCCGAUCAAACCGCUCCGAGGUGCUGCAGCCGCUUCUGCAAAAGUUCUUUAACGUGCAGCACGACCGGGUCCGGAAGCAUGGCCUGACCCCCAUGGUCUGGGAGGAGAUCCCGCUCGAAUGGAACGUCACGCUUGGCAAGGAUGUCGUCGUCCAGACUUGGCUAGGUUCGACCAAGAAGCUUGUGGAGAAGGGCAUCAAGCUCAUUGACAGCAACUACAACUUUUGGUACCUUGACUGCGGAAGGGGCCAGUGGCUCAACUUCGCCAACGGAGCGGCGUUCGACCAGUUCUAUCCCUUCAACGACUGGUGCGGCCCGACCAAGAGCUGGAGGCUCAUGUACUCGUACGACCCAGCGGCAGGUCUGACCGCGGAGCAGGCCAAGCUCGUGCUGGGCGGGGAGGUGGCCGUGUGGAGCGAGACGAUUGACCCGGUGACGGUGGACGGCAUCAUAUGGCCACGGGCCAGCGCGGCGGGCGAGGUGCUGUGGUCGGGCCGCAUCGACCCGGCCACGGGCCAGAACCGGAGCCAGAUGGACGCCAUCCCGAGGUUGGCCGAGAUCAGGGAGCGCAUGGUGGCGCGCGGCGUGGGCGCCUCGCCGCUCACCCAGCUGUGGUGCACGCAAACGAAUGCGAGGGAAUGUCAGCACCCUGUCCCCUAA